CCGGCUCGGGUCCGACUGAAGGACAGAGAAAACGGCUCAACAGAGUAAAGGAGCAGAACUUAGAAGUAUUUUGGAGACAGAGAGGGACUUUGUUGGGACUUGACUGCUCAGAUUCAGUUUUUUUUCCCCUCCCAUUUAAAAAGGGACUUCUGUUUUGUAAGAGUUUUUCCACUGGGUUUGUUGUUUUAGGCUGUGCGUAAUUUGGAAGUUUUGUGGAAACAUUUUGUUUUUGGGAUUUCACGUCUCCAUGAUGUGGUUUUCCUUUGGUUUGGUUGCCGUUCUGUGGGUGGGAGCAGCCCGGAGYGCCUGGGAGGAGAGCACAGUGGUCCCGGUCCGACUGGACCCGGCGAGCGGACACGAACCGUGGCGGACUCUGUCCCCCGAGGAGAGGGAGAAGCAGGGGGAGAUGAGGGCGUACCGGCUGGACGUGUUCGGGAAGCUGCUGGUUUUGCAGCUUGAGCCAGACCAGACCUUCCUGGCGCCGGGGUUCGUCUUCCACGUCGUGGGGAGCCCCGAGUCCGACCCGACGCAGGGGCCCGAGAGGAGCGGCGCGGAACCGGGCUGCUUCUUCUCCGGCACCGUGAACGGAGAGGAGCGCUCCUCUGCCGCGCUCAACCUCUGCCGCGGCCUCACGGGCGGCUUCUACUUCCAGGGUGAGGAGUACUUCAUCCAGCCGCUGAACUCCGCCGACCUCCAGGGCAGAGAGGAGGAGGAGGAGGUCCACAUGGUCCGCCGGAGAAGUCGCGCAGUUUUGGCCGAGGAGGGCAGCUCCAAGUGCGGGGUGAGCGAGGACGAGGAGAGGGUGCCAAAGAAUCUGGAGAAAGRGGCCAAGCCAAAACCUGGAGCUCCUGACGCGGAACAGACAGCCCACCACAGGACCAGGCGCUUCGUUUCCACACCUCGCUACCUGGAGAUCAUGCUGGUGGCCGACCAGUCCAUGGCAGAGUUUCACGGCGCAGGCCUCAAAUCCUACCUCCUGACCAUCAUGGCGGUGGCGGCGCACCUCUACCGCCACCCGAGCAUCCACAACUCCAUCAGCCUGGCAGUGGUGAAGCUGCUGGUGGUCUACGAAGAGGAGCGAGGCCCCCAGGUGUCCUCCAACGCUGCCGUGACCCUCCGCAACUUCUGCCAGUGGCAGCGGCAGCACAAUCCGCCCAGCGACCGCCACCCGGAGCACUAYGACACGGCCGUGCUCUUCACUAGAACCGAUCUGUGCGGUGCUCACUCCUGCGACACCUUGGGGAUGGCAGAUGUUGGCACCGUGUGCGACCCGGACAGAAGCUGCUCCAUUAUUGAAGAUGAUGGACUGCAGGCAGCCUUCACGGUGGCUCAUGAACUGGGUCAUGUCUUCAACAUGCCUCAUGACGAUUCCCAGUUGUGUUCCGGUGUCAAUGGUCUCCACUGGAGCUCCCACAUGAUGGCCUCCACCCUGGCCAACCUGGACCAGAGGGAUCCGUGGUCUCCCUGCUCCGCCCUCAUGGUCACCAGCUUCUUGGACAACGGCCAUGGUCAGUGCUUGCUAGAUAAGCCGGCAAAGCCUCAGCCGCUGCCCCAGCCUCUGCCAGGGAGGGUCUACGACGCCAACCAUCAGUGUCGCCUGACCUUUGGUGAGGACUCCCAGCACUGCCAGGACCUGAGCACAAUGUGUGCCGCAUUGUGGUGCACCGUCACCUCCACCAACGGUUUGCUGGUGUGCCAGACCAAGAACUUCCCCUGGGCCGAUGGGACGCCGUGCGGCAACGAUGGCUUCUGCUUGGCUGGACAGUGUCUGAACAAGAGUCAGGCCACCGAAUAUCAGACUCCCGUUAAUGGUGGUUGGGGUCUUUGGGGUCCUUGGGGCGAUUGCUCUCGGACCUGCGGGGGAGGGGUGCAGUAUUCUUUCCGUGCCUGUGACAACCCUGUGCCGAAGAAUGGAGGCAAAUACUGUGAAGGCAAGAGGAUCCAGUACCGCUCCUGUAACACCGACGCCUGCCCUGACACCAACGGCCUGUCGUUUCGUGAGGAGCAGUGUCUGGCCCACAACGACAUGUCGGCCCAAGUGUCGUUGGGUUCAGGCGAAGGUGUCGAGUGGGUGCCCAAAUAUGUCGGAGUUUCACCCAAAGACCGCUGCAAGCUAGUGUGCCAGGCCAAGGGGACUGGGUACUUCUUUGUCCUCAAAUCCAAAGUGGCCGAUGGAACGCCCUGCAGUCCAGAUUCCACCUCGGUUUGUGUGCAAGGUCAGUGUGUCAAGGCCGGCUGUGAUCGUGUCAUCGGCUCCAGCCGGCGCUUCGAUAAGUGCGGCCUAUGUGGCGGGGACGGAUCCACCUGUAAAAAAGUCUCAGGCUCCCUGGAGUAUGCCAGGCCCGGUUAUCAGGAUGUUGUAACCAUCCCUGCUGGUGCCACGCUCGUGGACAUCAAACAGCGAGCUCCUGGCAACGGUCGCCAGGAUAACAGCUAUCUGGCGGUGCGGCGCCAGGACGGAACCUAUCUGUUAAACGGCGAUUACAAACUGAUGACCUUGGAGACUGAUAUUUCCGUUCGGGGAUCGCUGUUGAGAUACAGUGGCUCUUCUGCUGUCCUGGAGCGCCUCCGAAGCUUCAGCCCACUCCCAGAACCCCUCACCAUCCAGGUGCUCUCUGUGGGCGAGGCCCCGAGGCCCCGAGUCAAGUAUAGCUUCUUCGCCCCUCGACCCAACACUGCUGCUGCAGCCCCCAACAACGGAGGGCGCUGGCAGUCAAUCAACGCCAUCCGGGAGGUCGGCGGAGCCGAGUGGACUCUGAGGGAGUGGGGUCCGUGUUCCCAGUCGUGUGGAGGCGGCGUGCAGCAGAGAGAGGUUGUGUGUUUGGACUCCCAGGGUCAUUCGUCCAGAGACUGUCCGGAGGAGCUUCGUCCUUUGGUGUCGCGGUCCUGCAGCUCCCAGCCAUGCCCCUCCUGGCUCCUGGGCGAGUGGUCCGAGUGCUCCAGGACCUGCGGCCGGGGCUUCCGCAAGCGCCAGCUGCACUGCAUCGGGCACGGCGGACAGACGUUGACCCACGACAGCUGCGACACGAAGAACCGGCCGCGACCUUUGCUGGAAAUGUGCAUUCGAAACGCCUGCUAAAAGACAACAACUAUGACCUGAACUCCUGUCAUCCCAGCCCGAAACCCUCCAUGGUCUUCCCUUUUUUUCCCUACAAAUAAUCUUAAAAAAAGACAAAUGUUUACAUCCAGAGCUACGAAUAAGCCCUCAAAGAUUGUGAUGAUAACGUUUUACCUGUCGGCAGGUCGACGCCUGUCCGUCAGCGGCGGCACAUCUUACUCUCUAAUGAUGGCUGGACGUUUCCCACAAAGUUGGUGCUAACGUCAUGCUUGGGUGUGCGUGUGAGUGUCUGUGCGUGUUAUUCCUGUAUAUAUAUAUAUUUGUCCAAGCUGGGCUGGACGGACCAAUCAGAUGUAGGCUGGAGGUUUCUGCAGAGUCUAAUAAGAAACAAGUGAGAGAGAAUAGUUUCUCACCCCAUCAGGUAUGGAAAAUAAGAUAUCUCAUUGUGUUUAUUUAUCACAAACCUGAAGCACUUCACCUUUGUUUUAUUUUUUCCUUUUUGCCAGCGGCACAUUAUUUUCACUUCAUUUAAGAAAAAAGCCUCAGUCUUUUAGCCAUAUCUUGCCCUCACCUACUCAGCUUUCAAUGAGGGAACUCAAAGAGACCAAAGAGGAGAGUUUGUGUGUUUGUGUAUGUGUGUGUGUGUGUGUGUGUGUGUGGGUGUGUGUGUGUACCUAAUGAGGGACUUGUUUCCUGCUAAUACUUCAUAAGUAAGUCUCUCCUGCCUUCUGCGAAGGCUGUUUCUCUUUUCUAUUUUGUCUAGAAUAUCCAAACUUUUAUUUAUUUUUGUACAGCCUGUUAAAUAUAAUCAUGUGGCUUUUUUAAAAAUAUUAUUUUAUAUUUGUUAUUGAGAUUACAGAAGGAAGUAGAAUAUAUAGAGUAUUUAUACAGUGUUUUUAUAUAUAUAUAUAUGGUCCUAGACUCAUGAAUAAAGCAUCACAUUGACUUGUUCA